ACUGUGCGUGUGCCACAAUUAUACAAUCAAGAGUGCGUGCGUGGCGCCAGCCAAUACGCACGCGCAAGUGGGCAUGUCCUCCAACGCGAUCGCAACUAAAAAUCUCCUGUUCAGACGCAGUCGAAUCGCUUGAUGGGGUGUAGUACUAGCUCGAGCAAUUCUCUCGGCCAAAUAUCGCGUAACUGCGUCGCAGGUAACAUCGCACUAAACCAGUAGUUCUUAAAUUCGAAUCAGUUUAAGCGCGAAACUAGUGAGUGAAAGAUAAUGUUUUAUGACUAGUGGUUUUUUAUUCAGAGUUAGUGAAUAACUUGUGUGCCUGUUGUUAGGAUUAUAUUUUCAACAAGUGCGAUUUCAGCUCUCAGUUUCUAUGAACGGGCAGUACGGAAAUUGGGUCCAGAAAAUGGACAUGAGCAUGAUGGAACCCUUGCCGGAGCUUGACGGUUUUGAGCCUCAAACCCGCGCGCGAUCAAACACGUGGCCCUUGCCCCGGCCCGAUAACUAUGUGGAUCCCGCCGAUGAGGCGACAGGCAACAAGUGUGUGGUAGCAGGACAGCAAGGACAAGGGCCCGUUCCGUCUUCGGUGACGUCUGCGGUGCCCACGAAAAAGAAUUCCAGCAGGAGAAACGCUUGGGGAAAUCUUAGUUAUGCUGAUUUAAUUACACAAGCCAUCAAGACCUCUCCAGAUCAACGACUUACGCUCAGCCAAAUCUACGAGUGGAUGGUGCAGAACGUGCCCUACUUCAAAGACAAGGGGGAUAGUAACAGCUCUGCAGGAUGGAAGGUAAGACUUUAA